AUGGCAACCAAGAACAAUUCUGUGACAGAGUUCAUCCUUGCAGGCCUAACAGACCAGCCAGAACUCCAGACGCCCCUCUUCUUCCUGUUUCUCUGCUUGUAUGUGGUCACUGUAGUGGGGAACCUGGGCUUGAUAACUCUGAUUGGGUUGAACUCUCAUCUGCACACACCCAUGUACUUUUUCCUCUUUAACCUCUCUUUGAUAGACUUCUGUUACUCCACUACUAUCACUCCUAAAAUGCUGGUGAGUUUUAUCUCAAAGAAGAACAUCAUAUUGCAUGGAGGGUGUAUGACUCAACUUUUUUUCUUCUGUUUUUUUGUUAUCUCUGAGUCCUUUAUUCUAUCAGCGAUGGCAUAUGACCGUUAUGUUGCCAUCUGUAAACCAUUAUUGUACAUGGUCACCAUGUCUCCUCAGGUUUGUUUACUUCUUUUGUUUGGUGCCUAUAUAAUGGGCUUUUGGGGAUCCAUGGCCCACACAGGAAGCCUCCUGAGUCUAACCUACUGUUCUGACAACCUUAUCAAUCAUUUCAUGUGUGACAUCCUUCCUCUCCUGGAGCUGUCCUGCAACAGCACAUAUAUCAAUGAAAUAGUGGUGUUUAUUGUUGUGGCCAUUGAUAUUGGAGUGCCGAUUGUCACCAUCUUCAUCUCUUAUGCUGUAAUCCUCUCCAGCAUUCUCCAUAUUCAAUCCACUGAGGGAAGGUCCAAAGCUUUUAGUACAUGUAGCUCCCACAUAAUUGUGGUUUCUCUUUUCUUUGGUUCAGGGGCUUUUAUGUAUCUGAAACCCCCUUCCAUUUUGCCUCUUGACAAAGGGAAAAUAUCUUCCCUUUUCUACACCAUUGUGGUGCCCAUGCUAAAUCCGUUAAUCUAUAGCUUGAGAAAUAAGGAUGUGAAAGUUGCUCUGAGGAAGACCUUGAGCAGAAAACCAUUCUUUUGA